AUGCCUAGUCGCGCGGUUCUUCGCAAAAAAGCCCGUCGUGAGUCAAAGCGCAAUAAACGCGAUGCCGAAGCCGCGACGGCUGUCAAAUUGUUGACACCACAGAAAGAGCAACAAGAACAACAACAACCACAAAAAGAACAGAAAGAACAACAACAAAAACAACAACUACAGAUGUCUGAAGUGGGAAAGGUGAAAAAUAAGGAAGGAGUGGCGGUGGUAUCUAGGAAACGUGUACGUGCUGCAGUGGAGUCCACCGCGGCAGAGACAGUCCCGUCCACUGAGGGAAUGACACGCAAAGAGCGGAAACGUUUUGAGGCGAAGAGGCGUCUCGAACGGCAGUUAUUGCGACUCAACGCGGGAAUGCCAACAGAAAACACAACCGAUACGAACAAUAAUACUAAUACUAAUAGUAAUGAUAAUGGUAUUGGUACAGAGGCGGAGGGGGAGGAGGUGGCUGCUGCGGUUGCUGCGGAAACCACAACACACAUCACCGAUGCGAAUGGGGCAUCUUCCCCUGCAAGUGGAACAUUACGCCACGAUCCAAAGUUUGCAAAUGGCACUUUCUGGCGCACGCGGAAAGAGCGUCGGCAGCGAACCGUUUUUCUCGGCAACGUUCCCAUUCAGUUCACCGAGCAGAAUGUGAUGGAUCUCGUCAGCACCGCCGUGGACGCGGAGGGAGUGGCCGGGCGGGUGGUGGAAGCCGUCGAUUUUCUCCCAGCGAAGCCGCGGGCACGGCAGCGGCACAUGUUCGUCACGUUGUGUACAAAGGAGAUCGCCUCGCAGGUGGUUGGACUGCUGAAUGCAUACAAGUUGGCAGGAUCAGAGCUGCGGUGUAAUUUUGCGGCGGAUAAGGCACAGCGAAGUGAGGCCAUCUCGCGACGCUCAGGUAAUACAGUGCGUUCUUAA